CACCCUUACUCCAGGCCACAAGUCAGUCAGUACUCCAAUUUAAAAAUGAAGGUCCUGCAAGUAUUAAUAAUACUUGCUGCAUUAGCACAUUUGAUAGAAGCAGUUGCAUUUACACUUGCAUCUGAUCAACCUAAACAAGUCCUACCAGGCUGCAAUUACACCUGUGGAGGUGUAAAAGUUCCAUAUCCAUUUGGCAUAGGAAAUUCAACAGCACAAGAUCAUACACCAUGUUACAUAAAUUCCAAAUUUAUGCUCACUUGUACAGACAAUUCCAAAUUAAUUUAUGGUAAGAAUAUACAAGUCCUAGACAUAAAUCCCCAAGGUCAAAUGGAAAUGAGAUUUUUCGUCUCACAUCUCUGUACGAAUAGUAGUAGUAAUAGUAAUAAUAAUACCGAAAAAGCAAAUAAACCUUCUCUCAGAGUUUCUUCCCUCGCAAUUUCAAGCACAGACAACAAAUUCAUAACAGUUGGUUGUGACAGUUUCGGAUAUCUCAACAGUAAUUUCAAGGGUGCCACUUAUUCUACAGGAUGCUUAACAAGAUGUUAUGAUUUUGAUACUAAAAUGGUAAUUGGAAAUAACACUGGAAAGUGCACAGGUUUAGGUUGUUGUGAAGUUGAUAUUCCUCCACUUAUGAAAAAUAUCACCAUACAAGCAUUUAAAUUCUCACCUUCUACACUAUCUAUGGAAAAUUCUUGUAGCUAUUCCUUUAUUGCAAAACAAGGAUCCUAUAAUUUUUCUGUAGAACAUAUUAAGAAACUGCCUUAUAACACUUUCCCUAUGGUUGUUAAUUGGGUUGUUACAAAUGAAUCAUGUCGAAUAGCCCAAACUACAAAUAGCUAUGCCUGCAAGGAAAAUAGUGAAUGUGUUGAUAAAGAUUCAGAUUAUGACGGUUACAGAUGCAAGUGUUUGGCAGGUUUUGAAGGAAAUCCAUACGUUCCCGGAGGCUGUAGAGACAUUAAUGAAUGUGCGACAUCAAAUCAUACAUGCCUAAGUGAAGCAAAUUGUAAUAACACUGUUGGGAGUUACAAUUGUUUCUGUCCGAACUCGCAAUUUGGAAAUGGAACAAGUUUAGGAGGAUGCAAACUACCUGAUCGAAAUACAUAUCAAAUAGUACCAACAACUGUCCUUGGAGUAGGAGCAGUAUUUAUUGUUCUAUUUCUGUGCAUAAUUUCCUACUUAAUUUACCAAAAAAGGAAACUUGUCAAAUUGAAAGAGAAAUUCUUUAGGCAGAAUGGAGGUUCUAUUUUGGAACAUAAACUUCGUCAAAGGAAAGACUCGUCUCAAAUAACUCACAUUUUCGAAGAAAAUGAACUAAGGAAAGCCACUAACAAAUUUGAUGAGAGCUUAAUCAUAGGUAAAGGAGGUUUUGGUACAGUUUACAAAGGGGAACUUGAUGAUAAUAGAAUUGUUGCUAUCAAAAAGUCUAAAACAAUAGACAAAAGCCAAAUUGAACAAUUCAUUAAUGAGGUGGAUGUUGUCUCUCAAAUAAAUCACAGAAAUGUGGUCAAACUCUUAGGGUGUUGUCUAGAAACAGAAGUUCCUUUGUUGGUUUAUGAGUUUGUUAGCAAUGGUACUCUUUCUGAAUUUAUUCACACAAAAGGUAAGACGAAUGAUCCAACUUGGAAGACUCGUCUUAAGAUAGCCGCAGAGGUAGCUGAGGCUCUGUCAUAUCUACAUUCAUAUGCCUCAACACCCAUCAUCCAUAGAGAUGUCAAGAGUGAUAACAUUCUCUUAGAUGGAACCAACACCGCCAAAGUGUCGGAUUUUGGAGCUUCAAGAUUGGUUCCACUUGAUCAAACUGAAAUAGCCACAAUGGUGCAAGGAACUAUUGGCUACUUAGAUCCAGAGUAUAUGCAAACAAGUCAAUUAACUGAAAAAAGUGAUGUCUAUAGCUUUGGAGUAGUUCUUGUGGAGUUGCUGACGGGGGAGAAACCUUUUUGUUUUGGUAGGCCGGAAGAAAGAAGAAGUCUUGCUAUGCAUUUUCUAUCUUGCUUGAAAAAGGAUAAUGUAUUUGAAGUUAUUCAAGAUGGUUUGUGGAAUGAAGAAAACAAACAAGAGAUCAAGGAGGUGGCUGUUCUUGCGGCGAAGUGUUUGAGACUUAGAGGGGAAGAAAGACCAAGCAUGAAGGAAGUGGCUAUGGAAUUGGAGGGAAUGAGGUUAAUGAAUAAGCACUCUUGGAUCAAUGAUGACUCAAAUGUAGAGGAGAGUAGGUACUUGCUUCAUGAAUCAUCAUCUAGCCUUUAUGAACCUGGUGAUAGCAGCAAACAUGGAGAUAUCGGAUAUGACAGCUUGAAAGAUCACGUACUGAUAACAUUGGAUGAUGGCAGAUGAUUGUUAGAAGACAAAAUGCAGUUCCAUUUCAUUACUUUAGGAGUUUUUGCAUACAAAUUUCAGUUUAUAUAUAAUUCUAAUGUAAUUUGUUUUAUAUAUUGUGUUGUGUGCAUGUAAUCCAGUUUUUAAUGAUUUUUUUAAGUGUAGAGACUGA